AUGCUCACCAUAGAGGAGAAGGACGAGAGCGGGACGGUCGUGGACACGUACACGGUGGCGGCAGGACGGACGCUCGUGGGGACUCGACGAGACUCGGAGGGGACUGGACGGAAGGUCUUCUCGCGGGCUCGGAGGGUCCUCGAGGACGUGUUCCUCCCCGCGGGGUACCCGACCAGCGUGCCCCCAGACUACUUCCGGUACCAGGUGUACAACGCCCUCCAGGCGUUCUUCAGCGCCCUCGCGAGCCUCAUCGCCUCCCGCGCCGUCCUCGAAGGCCAUGGCGUGGGCGACCCCUCGGCGUCCGCGACGGACGCGAUGAUCCUCACGAUCCUCCAGGACGUCUUCAGCCGGCUGACAACCAUCCUCGGCGCGUACGCCCUCGGCACGUCCCUCUUCCCCGAAGCGAAGACCUACCGCUUCCUCGCGGACCUCCUCAACGACGCCGCGAUCCUCCUCGACUCCGCCAGCCCGCUCCUGAGCCUGUCCCACGCUGGCUCGCCGGCGCUCCCGUUGGCGGAGUCUGGUUCGACGGCGGCGCCGGUGCCAAGAUCCGGGCUGCGCGUCGCGGCGCUCUGCCUGAGCGGCGCCCUCCGCGCGCUCUGCGGGAUCGCCGCGGGCGGGUCCAAGGCCGCGCUGACGGUGCACUUUGCGCGCGACGGCAGGGCGCCGGGCGACGUCGGCGACCUCAACGCCAAGGACGGCAGUCGCGAGACGGUGCUCAGCCUCCUCGGGAUGCUGACGGGGACGCUGGUGCUGCGGUACCUGCGAGACCCCGCGCCGACCUACGCCGUGUUGGCGUUCCUCGUCGCCGCGCACCUCGCCGCGAACUGGGCCGCCGUGCGCGCGGUGGUGCUGCCCACGCUGAACCGCGAGCGCGCGGGGCUCGCGUGGCGCGCGUUCUCUGACGGCGGUGGGGACUUGUCGGCGGAGGCGCCGGCGCCGGCGUGGGUCGCCGCGCGGGAGCGCGUCUUGGCUUGGCGGCCCGCCGAAAUCAGGGGGCGGGAUGGGAGGCGCGCAGGGGACGCGGCGUUCGCGUCGGUGGCGGACCUCCGGCGGCACUGCCGCUCUCACCCGGGGGACGCCCUGCGAGCCGCGCUGGAGCGCUACAAGGACGAGCGGUACCUCCUCCUCCUCCGCGCAUCCCCCAGCGGCGUAUUGAUAUUCAUGAAAGAGGGCUGCACCCCGAUGGACAGGCUCAAGGCGUGGGUGAACGCCGUCGAGCUCGUGUCCCGGGACCCGCGCGCGGCGUUCGGGUCGUUCGACGUGUUUGUGAGGAAGAUGGGGGAGGCGGGGUGGCGUGUGGAGGACGGGCUGGUGGCGGCUCCGGCGCGGAGCGUGGUGGUAAGGGAGGGAGGGGAGGGGGAGGGGAAGAAGGGGGUUUGA